AUGUAAGUUUCUAUUGAGAUUGCUACUUGGACUCAUAAUAAUCAUGGAUUAUUUGAUUAUGAAUCAAAAGAAUUAAAGACAUCUAAAAUAAUUGUUAGAAACACAACAAACUUAAUUUUAAAUGGUACAAUUUAAAAUAUACAAAUUAAAAUAGAAGACAAUCUUGAUACAAUUUAGUAAUCAAAUAAUUAAAUCAGUUUAGAUUGUAUUGGUUAAAUAAGUUUUGAAGAUAAUGCUAUAUGUAAAUAAAUUAUUAAUUUUUAGAUUUUAAAAGUAAUCCAGACUUUUAAGAUGCUUAUGUUAAAUUAGACCCAAAAUAAAGAUAAUAGUUAUAUGUCGGUGAUCUUUUUAAAUUUGGAAGAAUGUAAAACUUACCCUGAAUAUAAGGGAAUAUUUUGUAUCCGAAUUAAACAAUGGUGAUAAAAUUAUGAUGGCCAAAGAUCAUUAUAAUUUAGAUAGACAUAUUAAAAUACAAAAAAAAGAAGUUCCAAGACAGUGUAGAUUUUGCUUUGUAGAAGAUCAAGAAUAAACAGAAGAUCCAAAGAAUCCUUAUCUAUCAGAUUUAUGCAGUUGUAAAGGACUCAUGGCAUAUGUUCAUUAUGAAUGUCUUAAAUAAUGGGUUAAUUUUCAAAAUAGAAUCUCAUGUAAACAAACAUAAAAUACAGUUUAAUAUCAUUGGAAUCAAGUCUUGGAAUGCGAUGUAAGUUAUUCUAUUCAGCUAGGUUUGUAAAGAUCCUCUUCCCGCUCGUAUUUACAUUGAAAAUCAACCAGAACCACUUCAAAUGAUAUAGAUCGAAAAAUUAGAUGGUCCCUACAUUAUCCUUGAAUAAAUUACAAGACAAGAGAGUCUAUCAAAAAGUUUGACAUUUAUGCAUGCUUUUGGGACAUGUUCUGUAUCAAUCGGUAGAGGACAUAAUAGUGAAAUUAGAUGCCAAGAUAUCUCAGUCUCAAGAAACCAUGCUAAUAUCUCAUAUGAAUAAGCUUGGUACAUUCAAGAUCAAGGCAGUAAAUUUGGUACUUUGAGAAUCAUUCAAAACAAAUUACAAUUACUAAAAGAAGUUUAAGAAAUAUAAAUUGGUAGGGUCUUGCUAAAAAUCAAAAUAAUUUGAAAU